AUGACAACGAAUCAAAUCCGAAAGAACUCCAAGCUCAACAUUGCUCAACCCGACCUCAAUUUGAACGACUUGCUGAAAUCCAUUGACUCAGCCAUUGAGGAAAACCAUACAUCUCUCGUAAUGACAGCGCAUAAGAAGAAGAAAGCUUCAGAUGCUACUUCUCCGGUUCGCUCAGGGUCAAGAAGCAAAAUAACUAGUCUAUCUCCGAAUCAUCGUUUAACAUCAAGCGCCAUUGUAUCCUCCAGCCAGCACACUUCUUCCCCUCCUAGAAUGUCAUCAAGUGUCAACAAUUUCAAUCCAAAGACCUAUACCUUGUCUCCAAAUCACAAACAUUCCAUAGGACCCUCUGAAAACAUUGCAUCAUCUCAAAUGCCACUUAAAAGUUCGUUUGCAAAAAAAGCAAAUAGAAAUUUGUAUGAUGAGUUCAGCUCCACCACUAGUUCAAGUGAAGGAGAUGAAAAUCAUUCCAAAUCAUUUUCUUCUUUUAAAAAGAAAGUGAGUGUUGUUUCUCCUAAAACCACAUCUUCUUUAAGGUUACCUCUUUCAACCCUAUCCAACAGCAAAUUGAACUCUUCAAGGCUCUCAGUGAAAGAUUUAAAAGAUUCGAGCAGCUCUGAUUCAGAUCUCAAACCAUCAUCCUCUCAUUCUAAAAAACAAGCAGAUAUUUCGAAAUUAUUUGAAAAUGGCCACAAAGCUCUCAACAUUUUACAAGCAGCUCAUGAAAAUAUGAAAUUAACCAUUCCUAAAGAUUUGAGGAAAGAUAUUAGAGACAAAUCACAAACCUUUAAAUCUGAUUGUACCAGAGUGUUAUCUCAAAUCGAUGGCUUGUUAAAUAAGGUUAAAACACUCAAUACCUCCACCAAUUCUUUAACAAACUCUCCAAGUAAAUAUUACCAUGUAGAGGAACGAAUUGAUGAAGAAUCAGUGAGCAGCACCUCUGGGAGCUUGGAUCAGCAACAAGAUGAUUUUGUCAAUUAUUAA